GAAUCUUGUCGUAAAAUACAAGCUGCGCCCUGGAUUCCGCGAUAAUGAUGAUAUGACUUCUAUCAAGAUAAGAUCAGAACAACAAAAUUCCUCCGAUGGUAUUCGAGUUCUAAAUCUAGCGCAGGACAAGAGCGGCGGAAAAUUUUUGGCAGGAGUUGCCAUAGAUGAUACCUUUAAUAUUACACAAUAUAACUUUCGAUUAGCAGCUCUCAUGGUAGCAGAUAAAAAGGAUCGAGGAUUACCAGCGGAUGAACUUUUUACGAUCAAAAAAAUAUUUCCCGAGUUCAAGCCAAAAGAAUUCCUAUCUGACGAAGCGCUGUCUUUCUAUAACGACUACAAGGUUGCAUUCCCCGAAAACAAUGCUCUUCUACUAUUCUGUCGUUUCCACAUAUUACAAACAUGGCUUAGGAAAGCAAAAGAA